AUGUUUGCUGAAGUUGCAUGUGUAAAGGAUCACCACUCCCUCACCAAGGAUCACCUCUCAUCCCCCAAGGAUUACCACUCCCCCACCAAGGAUCACCACUCCCUCACCAAGGAUCACCACUCAUCCCCCGAGGAUCACCACUCCCCCACCAAGGAUCACCCCUCAUCCCCCAAAGAUCACCACUCCCCCACCAAGGAUCACCACUCCCCCACCAAGGAUCACCACUCAUCCCCCAAGGAUCACCACUCCCCCACCAAGGAUCACCACUCCCCCACCAAGGAUCACCACUCAUCCCCCAAGGAUCACCACUCCCCCACCAAGGAUCACCACUCACCCCCAAGGAUCACCACUCCCCCACCAAGGAUCACCACUCUCCCACCAAGGAUCACCACUCCCCCACCAAGGAUCACCACUCAUCCCCCAAGGAUCACCACUCCCCCACCAAGGAUCACCACUCAUCCCCCAAGGAUCACCACUCCCCCACCAAGGAUCACCCCUCAUCCACCAAGGAUCACCACUCCCCCACCAAGGAUCACCACUCCCCCACCAAGGAUCACCAAAGAUCACCAUUCCCCCACCAAGGAUCACCACACCAACAAUAACCACUCCCCCACCAAGGGUCACCACUCCCCCACCAAGGAUCACCACUCUCCCACCAAGGAUCACCACUCACCAAAAAAUGAUCACACGUAUAUCACACUGAUAACUCAUGACUGGUUAUAG